AACUAUUUAUUUUCGGAGUAUAUCCAUGCCAAAAGAUAGAGGUUUCAAAUAUUUUACGCUGUUGAAUUAGUGAACGGAAUUUUGGAUUUUUAGGGCGAAACUGAGAAGAGAUAAAGAUCGCGACAUCAGUGAAAAGAUCGCUCUGGGUUUGCCUGACACGAAGGCUCGUUCCGGGGACAUACAGUUCGACCAGCGACUGUUUAACCAGUCCAAGGGCCUUGACUCCGGCGGAGCAUUUGAUGACGAAACAUAUGCUGUUUAUGACAAACCUUGGCGGACUGAAGGACUUGGCCAGUCGAUAUACCGUCCUAGUAAAAACUUGGAUAAUGAAAUAUAUGGCAGCGACCUCGAUAACAUAAUCAAUACUAGCAGGUUCGUCCCUGACAAGGGCUUUGCAGGGGUAGACACCGAAUCUAAACGAGAUGGUCCAGUUCAGUUUGCCAAAUCAGAAGAGGACGAUCCUUUCGGUCUGGGACAGCUGUUGAAAAGCGUGAAGGAAAAGAAGCGGCGUACUGCUGAUGACUCUAAAGAGCCUGAGGGAAAGAAAAAGAAAUAA